CCACUCUUCAUUACGGUACAGUCGAUAUAUACCGCGAAUCCGGCCGUGUUGUAUUUUUUUCCUCUCGCCAUCAAACAAAAAAAAUCCCUUCGCAAACAGUCGCUCGAAAAAUAUUUUUUCAGUCGUCGCUUAAAAGCUCUUCGAUUUCAUGGUGGGAGAUAGUUCGGUCGCGACCUGACCAGGAGAUAGUUCAUUUUUCCUGCUCUACCAUACACAGUAUUCAAUUAAUUGUCGCGAAUUCUUAGUGACAUUUGAUAAUCAAUAGUUUUGCGCCUGGCUGUAUACCGUUCUUCGAUUCAACACGGCCCAAGAGUGCGACCGCUGGAGCCCUCCUGACCUUUUGCCACUUGCUCCAGGCUGAAGCUGCGAUUCUUUUCGAGUACCAUCACCCUUUAUGUUUUUACUAGUUUUGUGACGGAACCUAUAAAUCAACAGAUCCAAGUUGGAAAGACGGCCCGACAAUGUCGAAAGACGCAAAAAGUAUGAUAUGGGACUAUCUGGUCUUUGUGAUUUUUGUAAUAGCAAGCACCUUUGUCGCCGUCUAUUCUCGUUUCUUUGGUCCUAAAGAGAAGACAAAGGCCGAUUUUGUUUUUGCUGCUGGCAAAGUUUCCAUGGCCGCUAUGAUGCUGAGUAUAGCGAGAGGAACUCUUGGUGUUCGAUCAUUUUUGGGAUAUCCGUCUGAAUUAUUCUAUCGUGGAAGCACAAUGUGGGAGACUCUAUACGGGAUGGUCCUGGCUUAUCCCAUCGUAUGUUUCAUCUUCGUACCGGUAUAUUUCAGUUUAGGAAUUACCUCAGUCUACCAAUAUUUGGAUCUUCGGUUCAAAUCUCGCCUAGUCAGAUGUUUGGCAUCGGGAACUUACAUCGUAAGGCAGCUCCUAAAUCAAGGUGUCACAGUCUUCACCCCUUGCGUCGCCCUCAAUACCGUUAUCGGUAUACCUUAUUGGGCCUCCAUCUUCAGUAUUACUCUCGUCAGUGUUAUUUUUACAAUUUUGGGAGGCCUGAAAGCAGCAAUUCUUGCCGACGUAAUGCAAGGAUUAACAAUGAUCGCAGUGAGCCUCGCAAUAAUAAUCCAGGGUUGUAUCGAAGUGGGUGGUUUUGGUGCAGUUUUCGAGAGGAACAAAGCCGACGGCAGACUGGACUUCCUCAAUUUCAGCAUGGACCCAACGAUAAGGGUAACCACGACAUCUGCACUGAUCGGCCAGCUUUUCAUGUCUUUGUCAAUAUUCGGUUGCCAACAGAACUUUGUACAACGCUACUGUAGUAUGGAUUCACAAAAAAAAGUAACAAAGACUCUCAUGUGUAACAUCCCCGUAAUCACUGUCCUGUUUAGUUUAUCCUGGGUUGUGGGAAUGGUUGUUUAUGCAACGUAUGCUUCGUGUGAUCCAUAUACCUCCGGUUAUAUAGAAAAAUACGAUGAAGUACUUCCCUUUUUUGUCGAAGAUCGUUUCAACUAUUUGCCUGGUAUACUCGGUUUGUUUAUGGCUUCACUUUUCAACGGAGCAUUAAGUUUGAAUGUGUCUAAUCUGAAUUCUCUGGCCACCGUUACAUUCGAAGAUUUCCUCAAACCGAUUCCGUUCUUGAAGGGACUGAAGGACAAGCAUCAGCUAUAUACCAUCAAAGCUAUCGGAGUUCUCUAUGGAUUUGUUAUCAUGGGAAUCAGUUUCGGAGUGGGCCUCUUAGACGGUGUUAUCGAAUCAUCUAUGCUGGUCACCUCCGCCACUUCAGGACCUCUCUUAGGAGUUUUCAUAAUGGCCCUGUUGAUACCCUGCACCAACUGGAAAGGAGCUUCAACCGGCGUGAUUGCCGGUCAUUUAGUUACUCUUUGGAUAACAUUUGGAAGAUUAACAAUAGAAAAACCACCAUCCCCACAUCUACCCUUAUCAACUGAAGGGUGCACAAACACGUCCUUCAACGAUCAUAUUUUAAAGCCGGAACACCAGUCGGCAUACUGGACUUUUACGACGACAACUUCCGCACCCAUCAAUAACACGGGAAACUUUUCCCUCGACGUCAUCAACACCACACGAGCGGCACCUUCAGACCCUUUGACUCAACUUUAUUCAGUAACCUACAUGUACUACUCUCUCAUCGGAUGCUUCAUUUCCAUACUCAUCGGUUGGACUGUUUCCUAUUUUACGGGUAGCGAAAGCGAUUUGUAUGAUCAAGAAUUAAUUCAUCCUAUUGCUCGAAAGAUGGCCAACUUUUUCCCUGGCAAAAAACGACGUUAUGCAGAGAAAACCAUCAAACAUAAAAGACCGAGAAAUGAAUCAAUGAACCAUUCGGCAAGUGCCACCAGCAUGGAUAAAAAGAGCGGAAAUACGAAUCUCGCUUUUUCUCAGGAUGUACAAAUGGAAGUGUACAGAACCAAAUUAUGAUUUUUCUUUUUCCUAGAGAUGGAUGUGAGAAAUGGACACGUACUCGUGUUUUUAGUGCCUUUGAUUUGGCAACAUCUGUGAUCUCUAGCUGAUAAGACAAAAAAGUGUUCGUUUGUUGAAUAAUGCAAAGACUACUUAACUAUUUUUUAUACCUUAUAUUGUUACUAUUGAAUAAGAUUGUACUUCAUAUGUGUGUUGAAA